GUCGUGGUAAUCUUGGUCAAUAUCUUGCGAAAGAUGUGUGGCAACGAGGUGCUCGAGGAGGCGUUGAUCGCCCUGAGCUUUGUCCUGACCUACGUCUUCGGCUCUUCCUGCGCCAACCAUUGCAACCAGGCGGAGAUCCGGAGCCGCUCGGGCGCGCCCUGCCACCGCGACCCGCGACUCGGGCGCCCAGAGCUGGGCUGGGCCGACGUCGUGAUCCUCUGA